AUGGGAAAAUCCCGAUCCAUGGAAAAAUUCCGAUAUUCCCAUGAGUACCCCCCAUGGGAAAAUGAGUCCAACCGGAGAUAA